AUUACUCUCCACAUUGCAACUAACUGAUCUCCGGUUUGGUAAUGUGACGGCUGCUAGUAUCCAGAAACCCUACUGCCCUGAAACAAACGUUUCAUUCAAAUCCCGAGACAUCCAAACUCACAACCAACUGCCAACUGACUAGAAUUAGGCGGUCGAGUGGCUAGACCUCCAUCCAUUGGACAUUACCGAACACCUGGAACCGUACCGAAAGAACAAGAAUCGAGCGCGAAGAAAUCAAAUUGGUUUACACUAGCUCGUGAAAAAGAUAUUGGAUAUUGGUAUCAGUUUGACCUUCGAGUGCUCAGUAACCUUCACAAGCAGACGAUGACGCUAAGUCAUUGCCUGAAGUACGUUGAUGGAAUACUUUUAGUCAACUUUGAUUAUUAGGUACUGAAUGCCCAGUUAAUUACUACGGAUUGUAGAGAUUAAUUCCUAGUUUUAUGCAAUUUCUAACUUUGGAGGAAACUAAUCUUCCAAAUAAUUAACCGAUCCAGUUGAUGCAUUGCAAAUCACCUGAAGUAUAACCAUAUGUAAGAGAUGGAUAUAUCAGAGAAUUACAAGUAUCUAUUCAAAUUUUUGAUUAUUGGAGCUGCGGGCUCUGGGAAAACAUGCAUUUUACGAAGAUAUACUGAGGGAAAAUUUAUUCCCAAUUUGCCUCAUACAAUCGGAGCAGAAUUUGGUAGUAAAAUCAUUAAUGUAGAUGAAACUGCUGUUAAAAUUCAAAUAUGGGAUACUGCAGGCCAAGAACGUUUCAGAUCAAUGGCUCAUUCAUAUUAUCAUGAUGCUGUUGGAGCAUUACUAGUGUAUGAUAUUACGAAUAGGGAUUCAUUCAAUGAACUUGCCCAUUGGUUAUCCGAUGCAAGAACACUUGCUUCACCUGAUAUCAUGAUUGUAUUAGUUGGAAAUAAAAAAGAUUUACAGGAUACAGAUGGACAAGUAACAAAUUGGGAAGCUAGUGCAUUUGCUCAAGAUAAUGAUUUAUAUUUUUUAGAAACAUCAGCACUUACUGGAGAAAAUAUUGAUGAAUCAUUCACACAAUGUGUUCGUAAACUUGUUUAUAAAAUUCGUGAUGGUGAAUUAGAUCCAGAUCGUUUAAAAUGUUUUAAUCGAUCAUCAUCUAGUUUAACAUUUCAUGAACAACAUCCAAAGUUGAAUUAUUCUCGACCACAAGUUCGUGUACAAAAUGAUUCAACACUUUCAUAUGAAUGUAAUUGUUGAAUAAUAAUUUUUUUUCUAAUUCAACGUAUCAAUCAUUAUCACUGCUUGUAAAACUCCUUGAUCUGUUUGUUUUUUCUAUUGAUUGAUAGAUAUGUAACAUUAAAAAUGUAUUUAUGUAUGUAUAUGUGAUUUUCUUUGAUUUUAUCCUUUUUUUCCCCUCUUUUAGUGUUUGUAUAUGUCAAGGUCAAGUUUUUUUUAUUUACUUUUUUAGAAAAAAAAAUUAAAAGGACACAUAUUAUUUCCGUAGCCUAACACAUGCAUUUCAAUGAUUGAUUUAUCAUGCAUAUAUAUAUAUAUAUAUCUCACAGAUAGAUCUUUGGUUUCUGAAGAGUUCAAUUUUUUAUAAAUGACAAGUUUUUUUUUAAAUUUGUCUUUUAAAAUGGUUAACUUGUGUUGAACUACUAAUAAUCUAGUUUAAAUGAUUUAAAGUAUGCAUAAUUCAUGAGCGUUUUAUGUUGGUGUUGUUGUUGUGAUUGUGUUAUAUAAUUGGCUUUUUACUUUCGGUCUAUUACGUAAUGGUUGGUUCUUCUUUCUGUAUCUCUAAGGUAUGCUGCUGCUGCAGUCAUUGAGAAGACUGAGGCAGGCUCGAUAGAUUGUAUUUGGCAAAUUUACACUCUUAGUCAACUAAAAAUAAAAACAUCACAUUGAACACACUCUAUUUGCACACCAUCUUUGAGUCCUGACGACUUCCAACGCUCCAUCAUCAUUCUUCCAUUCAUGCUGUUGCUUCCCUUACUUCCUGUCGGUAUUGCUCUAUUUAUUUCUUGCUUUUGCUCUAUUUGCUUUCCGUUUCCCUCUUCUGACCGUGAGACUUCUUCUUUCACGUCCAUUCUUAUACUACUUAUUAUUAUCUUUACUCCUUGAUGAAUAGAUUAUGUAAUUUUUUCGAUUAUUUGCAUUGUAUAUUGUUUUUAUAAUGUUGCAUGUGUUUGAUUUAUAAUCAUCUGACUUGUUAGAUAAUUGAGUUUGAUUGAUUAUGUUGACUGAUAUAAAAUAUAGGUUUUCAUUAGUUUG